GGGUUUAGGAAGGCACAGCCCCUUACAGACAGAAGGCUACAGAGUACGCUGCGGGUGCUGCUGCUGUAAAGUUGGACAACUCCGAUGUCGUUUAAUAGUUUAUUUUUUAUUCCUACAUAAUUCAGACACACACAGAAACAGAGAUCGGGGUUCGAACACCGUCUGUCUGACGGAAGUGUCCGCGGAGGAGUCGCAACACUUUCACGAGCCUUUUUUUUUCACCCCUCACACAUCAUAUUUUUUCCUCAAGCCACCUCUAUAGAGGGUCAGCAUGGCCCAGUGGAACCAGUUGCAGCAGUUGGAGACGCGCUACCUGGAGCAGCUGUACCAUCUGUACAGUGACAGCUUCCCCAUGGAGCUCCGCCAGUUUCUCGCACCCUGGAUCGAGAGUCAGGACUGGGCGUACGCAGCCAAUAAGGAGUCUCACGCCACGCUGGUGUUUCAUAACCUGCUGGGAGAGAUCGACCAGCAGUACAGCCGCUUCCUGCAGGAGAACAACGUCCUUUACCAGCACAACCUGAGGCGCAUCAAACAGCACCUGCAGAGCAAGUACCUGGAGAAGCCCAUGGAGAUCGCUCGCAUCGUCGCACGCUGUCUGUGGGAGGAGCAGAGACUGCUGCAGACCGCCACCACUGCUCAGCAAGAUGGCCAGGCCGCCCAGCACAGCGGGACAGUGGUGACGGAGAAACAGCAGGUCCUGGAGCACCGACUGCAAGACAUCAGGAAGAAAGUGCAGGAUAUGGAGCAAAAAAUGAAGAUGCUGGAGAACCUACAGGAUGACUUUGACUUCAACUACAAGACUCUGAAGAGUGCAGGAGAGCUGUCCCAGGACCUGAAUGGAAACAGCCAGGCUGCAGCCACCAGACAGAAGAUGGCCCAGCUGGAGCAGAUGCUGAGUGCCCUGGAUCAGCUCAGGAGGCAAAUCGUGACUGACAUGGCAGGGCUGCUGCAGGCCAUGGACUUUGUGCAGAAGAACCUGACUGACGAGGAGCUGGCUGACUGGAAGAGGAGACAGCAGAUCGCCUGCAUCGGAGGACCUCCUAACAUUUGCCUGGACCGGCUAGAGACAUGGAUCACAUCACUGGCCGAGUCUCAGCUCCAGAUCAGGCAGCAGAUAAAGAAACUGGAGGAGCUCCAGCAGAAAGUCUCAUAUAAAGGAGACCCCAUUGUUCAACACCGCCCUGCCCUGGAGGAGAAGAUCGUAAACCUCUUCCGCAAUCUUAUGAAAAGUGCGUUUGUGGUUGAAAGACAGCCGUGUAUGCCCAUGCACCCCGACAGACCUCUGGUCAUAAAGACAGGUGUUCAGUUCACCAACAAAGUUCGGUUACUGGUGAAAUUCCCAGAACUGAAUUACCAGCUGAAAAUCAAAGUUUGCAUCGACAAGGAGUCUGGAGACGUCGCAGCCAUUCGAGGGUCACGCAAGUUCAACAUCCUGGGCACAAACACCAAGGUGAUGAACAUGGAGGAGUCUAACAAUGGCAGCCUGUCAGCCGAGUUCAAACACCUGACUCUGCGAGAGCAGCGGUGUGGUAACGGUGGCCGGACCAACAGUGAUGCUUCUCUGAUUGUCACUGAGGAGCUUCAUCUCAUCACCUUUGAGACAGAAGUGUACCACCAGGGCCUUAAAAUCGACCUUGAGACACACUCUCUUCCUGUUGUAGUCAUUUCGAAUAUCUGCCAGAUGCCUAAUGCCUGGGCGUCUAUUCUGUGGUACAACAUGCUGACUAACCAUCCCAAGAACGUAAAUUUCUUCACGAAGCCCCCUGUGGGUACGUGGGAUCAGGUGGCUGAGGUUCUGAGCUGGCAGUUUUCCUCCACAACCAAGAGAGGCCUGACUAUUGAGCAACUCACCACACUGGCUGAGAAACUGCUUGGUCCCUGUGUGAACUACUCCGGUUGCCAAAUCACUUGGGCCAAGUUUUGCAAAGAGAACAUGGCAGGAAAAGGGUUCUCAUUCUGGGUUUGGUUGGAUAACAUCAUUGACCUGGUGAAGAAGUACAUUCUGGCUCUGUGGAAUGAGGGGUAUAUCAUGGGCUUCAUCAGUAAGGAGAGGGAGAGGGCCAUCCUGAGCCCAAAGCCUCCUGGGACAUUCCUGCUGCGUUUCAGUGAGAGCAGUAAGGAGGGUGGCAUCACAUUCACCUGGGUGGAAAAAGACAUCAGUGGUAAGACACAGAUCCAGUCAGUGGAGCCGUACACUAAGCAGCAGCUGAACAGCAUGUCUUUCGCCGAAAUCAUCAUGGGCUACAAGAUCAUGGACGCCACAAACAUCUUGGUGUCUCCACUCGUCUACCUUUUCCCCGACAUCCCUAAAGAGGAGGCUUUUGGGAAAUACUGCAGGCCAGAAGCCCAGCCAGACCCAGACAUGGGUCAGGAUAUAUCCGGAUGUGUCACUCAGCCGUACCUGAAGACCAAGUUCAUCUGCGUCACCCCGUGUCCUUCCAUCUUCAUGGACCUUCCGGACAGCGAACUGCUGGCUAACGGCUUCCCUGGGACUAACUCGGGUAACACAAGCGACCUGUUCCCCAUGUCUCCUCGCACUCUCGACACUCUCAUGCACCCUGAGACUGAGGCCAACCCCGGACCUCUCGAAUCCCUCACUCUGGACAUGGACAUGAACACGGACAUGGCCUCGCCCAUGUGAGACGACCUCACGCACAUCAGCCAAGCCGCAUCUAGCCUUUCACUUCUAGCUGUUUCUGCCGUUUAGAGAGAGAAAGAGAGAGGGGGAGGGAAAGAAAGAAGAGACUGAUUUCUCUGUACAUAUCGCUCUCAGACCGGUGCUGCUCUUUGCACUCGUAACUCUUUUCACUAGACCUUGUACUCAUCAUGCGUUCCUCUGAGCUCUCCUAACACUUCUAAACAUUUCCUAACUUGGAUUGGUGGAUGAAUUAAAGCGAAUCCUUUUUAACAAACUAUAUAUAUAUAUAUAUAUACAUACAUACAUUUUUUUUUAAACAGAUAGCGUAGUUACCAUCCAAGAAAGAAAGGAAGGAAGGAAGGAAGCUCAUUAGAGUUAAUAGCAGCUUUUGUAGCGACCAUGUGCCAUUUUGUUCAUAUUCGUGCCGGAUAAGAAAACCUGUAAUGUUUCGUCGCUUUGAUCUUCCACACAUUAUAUACGACUUUUUCUGUUUCAUGUACUCGUAGAAUGAUUUUAAGAAAGUGUUCUCAUUGGCUUUGUGCAAUUAUCAUUAUUAUUAUUAUUUGUUGUAAGCUAAUGCUGUAUGUGUCAUGGGAAAAGUGGCCCUUCGUGCUGACUGUAUUAUAUCCUCUAUACAUGUUUCCCAUCCUGUCUGUCUGUCCUUUAUCUAUACUGUAUUCACGGUUUUGUGUGUGUGUGUGAGAGUGUGUGUGUAUACAGCAAGUAAGAUCAGCCCCAGCCUUAAGUCCCAUUUAGAUCCUUGUUACUCAGGGUGUUACUUCAAACCCGUAUCUUGUGUGGUGGUCAGUAUUUGCAGGACAGUGGGACGGACAGAUAAGCGUUAUGUUCCGACUUGUUUUUAACCAGCAGACCAAGACUACUGGAAGAUUCGAUCACGCCAUUUCACUAGCCGUUAUAAACAUUAUAUUAAGUUGAACCCAUCUUGGUUUUUUUUGUUGUUGUUUUUUGCAUGAAGAACUGUAAUUAGUAAACACCCUUUACUCCGGUAAAGGACUGGGGUUUAAAUAAAUAAAUAAAUCAGUAAUGAAUAGGAUCAUGUAUAAUGAAGCUGAUCUGUCUUUACGUUUGCAGUAAUUACUUUUCUUUGUGGAUGAGGACUGUAUAAUCGUAUAUUUUAUUUUUCUCACUUUUAUUAGCAACAACAUCGUGUUUUAUUUUUUUUUUUUUAAUUUAAAGAUGUUGACCUUUCUUGCUAAUUUUGUUGUUUGACACUGUCCAGUGCACCCCACCCCCCACCCCUGGUCAAUGAGGUUCCUGUGUUGUUGUAAAUUGUCCUGCCUGUGACUCUGUACAGUGGCUGUAUAACUUUUAAUUAAAAAAAAUCAACAGCCUAAAUAUGUUUUUUUGUCUUUCUCUUUAAGACCCUUCACGCCUGAUGCCAGUCUACUCUUUCUCCUCUGAUUAUUUUCAUCAGCCCAGCAGAUCCUCAGCUCACGGGAUUUGGGUUUUUUUGCUUUUCGCAUCAUUCUGAGUGUGAAACUCCCGGAUCAGCAGUUUCUGAAGUCAUGUCAUGGUUCAAGUCACAGAGUUCAGAGAGUUCAGACUUGUUCUACAUUUGAUGGAAAGAUUAAGUGAAGCUGUUGAGCUGUAUCUGUAUGAUGUUAUGCAUUGUGCUGCUGCUACCUGAUCGACUGAUUAGAUUAGCCGCACAAAUAUACAGGGCUCAUUAAUUCUAUCAGUAAUGAAUACGCAGAUUUACACUUAGUUUUAAACUAAACCUAAUGAAACAUUUCUAUCACGAUAUAAUAUGUUACAUUAAAGAACAUUUUAAUUCAAAUUUAAA